AUGGCUGAUGUAGCUCUAAUCAGUGGAUUGCUUUCAAACUUGGCACAUCUGAUUCAGGAUGAAUUCUCGUUGUUUGGGAGUUUUAAGAAGGAGGUUCAAAAGAUAUCCAGCACACUAUCUUCGAUUAGUGCCGUUCUUGAGGAUGCAGAGAGAAAGAAGGAGAAGGACAAACAAACGGAAGAUUGGUUGUGGGAACUGAAAGAUGUGGCGUACGAGGUUCGAGACAUCAUGGAUGAGUGCACUUUUGAAGAUCUUCGUCUUCAAGUCAACAGGCGUAAUGCCUCCUCUUCAACCCUGAUCCAGGUAACCAACUCAAUAACCCAUCCUUUUAGUAGUACUUGGACACGUCUAAAAGUUGGUCACAAAAUUAAGGAUGUUCAAAAGAAGCUUGACCAAAUUUCUUCAGAGCGCCAAACGUUACGUUUGCGUGAAUCUAAUCCUGACUCAAAAAUAGUUAAGUUUACUAGUAGUUGGCAUGAUGGGAGAUAUAUUUAUGGGAGAGAUGUGGAAAAGAAAGAGAUUAUUGAUAUUCUAGUCAAUACAUCUAGUGCCAAAAACUUAUCUGUUCUGCCAAUUGUUGGAAUUGGGGGUCUUGGUAAAACAACACUUGCCCAAAUGGUCUUCAACGACGAGAAAAUUUCUAUGCAUUUUGCAACCAAAAUCUGGGUUUGUGUUUCUGAUGAUUUUGAUAUUCAAUAUUUGAUGAAAGUCAUCUUAGAAGAAAAGACGGAAGCACAAUCAGAAGAAGAAUUGCAGAACAAAGUUAGAGUAAAAUUGAGUGGAAAAAGAUUUUUGAUUGUAUUGGAUGAUGUUUGGAAUGAAAACGUUGAGGUAUGGGAUCAGUUGAGAUCUAUCUUGGAUUGUGGAUCAAAUGGUGCGUUCGUCCUUACCACAACACGGAAACAAAAUGUGGCACAAAUCAUGAGAACAAUUCCAGAUUUUGAAUUAUCAGGGCUCUCUAACGAUAAUUGUUGGCUACUCUUUAAUGAGCGUGCAUUCAUGCGUGAAAAACCAAAAACUCCGAACUUUGUUGGUAUUGGAAAAGAAAUAUCUAAAAAAUGUAAGGGUAUUCCCUUACUUGCCAUGAUAUUAGGAAGUCAAUUGUGCUUAAAGAGUGAUAUAAAUGAAUGGUGUAAAAUAAGAGAUAGUGAGAUAUGGGAGAUAUUUGAAAGUGAAGAAGGAUUUGAUAUUUUGCGUAUUCUAAGGUUGAGUUACUAUGACCUUCCUUAUCAUUUGAGAAGAUGCUUUGUGUUUUGUGCUAUAUUUCCCGAGGAUACUAUAAUUGAAAAGGAGAGAUUAAUCCAAUUGUGGAUGGCACAUGGUUUAAUUCCUACUGUUAAAAAUCAAGAAGUGGAAGAUAUUGGGAAUAUAAUUUGGAAAGAGUUGUGUUGGAGAUCCUUUUUAAAAGACGAGAAUUUAAAUUGGUUUGGAAAAGAAAUAUGUAAGAUGCACGAUAUUAUGCACAAUCUUGCCCAAUCUAUUAUGAAAGAUAAAUGUUAUACAUUGUAUGCUCAUAGCUCAAUAGAUGGUUUAAGACGAGAAAUUCGUCAUUUAAUGGUAAUGGAUGAUGAAUUUGUCAAAAUUCCAGUUCCUUUUCUUAAGAAAAUUGGAGGGUUGCAAUCACUAAUGCUCAAUAAUAGAGAUGUUGAUGGAAAGCAGAUUUUUUUAAGUGUCUUGAAGCAACUUCCGACUUUACGUGUCCUUGAACUAAGCUUCCAUGUGUUGCAUCAAGACGAUUCCCUCAGUGAGAUAUUCAACUCCAAGAAUGAAUCGAAAAAGUAUCAAGAUUUGCAUUACCUGGGAUGUCUAAAACAUCUUAGAUACUUAGACAUUUCCGGUAAUGAUCAUAUAACAACAUUACCUGAUAGUAUUUGUGAUCUCUUGAACUUACAGACUUUGAAACUCAAUGAGUUUUAUAAUCUUGAAACUUUGCCCAGAAAUACGAAAAACCUUAUUAGUCUGCGGCAUCUUCAUUUGGAGAAAUGUAAUGGAUUAAAAUAUAUGCCUAGAGGGAUGGGGCAAUUGAAACAUCUGAAGACGUUAAGCUUGUUUGUGAUAAGCAACAAGAAGGAAAGAGACUGUCAACUUGAUGAAUUAAAAGAAUUGGAUAUCUGCGGAUCAUUGACAAUUAAGAAACUUGGAAGAGUUAGUGAUGCAUCUAUAGAAAGAGGGAUAAGUAUGGCUAAAAAGACGUGUAUCAAUGAAUUGAAGUUGGAAUGGACAUCUGAUGAUGAAGAUGAUAAAGUUGAUGAUAAUGAGGGCAAGAGUACUAGAGAUGAGAAAAUUGGUGAAGCUCUAGAGGUUUCAACUGCGAGGCUGAAGAUUUUGAUAAUCAGGGGUUACAAAGGUGUGAAUCCCCCUAAAUGGGCGGACAAUGUGAAUAGAGAUGACAAUGAAAUGAUAAUACUAUUCCCUUUGUUAGAGGAAUUUUAUAUUUCUGAAAUGAAGAAUUUGAGGGAACUGGUAUCACCUAGCUGUUGGAGUACUGGAGCAUUCCCUAAUCUAUCCACGCUGAAGAUAUAUAAUUGCCCAAAGCUAGGAGCCUUGCCACCGUAUCUCAAAUCACUCAAAGAUGUAUAUAUUCAUGGCGAAUGUUCGGAUGAGUUGUUAUAUAGCAUCUCAAAUUUUAAUGGUACUCUCACUCAUCUGAAUCUUAGUGAAUUGAAUAAUGACGUGGAGCAUGGAAUAUUCACCGUCAACAACAACAUUAAUGGAAUUGAAGUAGUGUUAUUCCCUUGGUUAAAGGAACUCAAGAUUGGUGGCAUGAAGAAUUUGAGGGAAUUGUUGUCUCCUACUAUUCCGAGUGUCAGAGCAUUCCCUAAUCUCUGCACGCUGUUGAUACGUGAUUGCCCAAAGCUAGGGGCCUUGCCACCGAAUCUCAACUCACUCAAAGAUGUAACUGUUUGGGUUGAAUGUUCUAAUGAGUUGUUAUAUAGCAUCUCAAAUCUUAGUUCCCUCACUCAUCUCACUCUUAUUGGAUUGGGUGAAAGAAGUGUUUUAUUUGGAGUACGCUCAGCUUUCCCAUCUCUUCGAUUCCUGUCUAUUGAUAGGUGCCCCAAGUUAAGGCGUUUGUUUGAUGAGGGAAUGAUAAUGCAAGAGACAUUAAAGAAUCAUCUUCAAGGACAAACAGAAAGAACAAGAGGUCACAUCAGCUCUCUCACGGAAUUGAUUAGUACUAAUAAUUGCCAGAACAGAGACUUAAUGAACUUUCUCACGGAAUUGAUUUGUAAUACAAAGAUUAGUGACUGCCAGAACAAAGACUUCAUCAACUCUCUCAAGGAAUUGGAUAUUCGUAAUUGUCCCGAGUUGACGAUAUCAGUUGAGGAAUUUAGAAACUUCAAUAUUAAUAAUUCACUACAGAGAUUGUAUAUCAGGCGUUGUCCCAAGUUGGUGUCUUCAGAAGAAGCGAACGAUUUUAGGGCACUCCUGCUUUCCCUUCGAAACAGCCUACUUCCUCCUGAGAAGGGAACCAGCGUACUUGAGAAGUUCAAUGUAGAUAUCACAUUUUGA